AUGAAAUCGUAUAUCAUCGUUGCCGCUGCAGCUCUCACCAGCGUGGCAGCAGCAACCGAAGGGGCACCAGCGGCACCCUCACUUAUGUACGGAAAUACUAGCCACUUACUAGGGGCCAAUAGCAGUGGAAUCCCCCCUUGCGAUGCCCUAACCGACGCCGGCCUCGGCGACCGCCUGCUGUUCGCCACGGACGCGGAUUACGAGCCUCAGAUCGCGACCUGGUGGGCCGAGAACGCUCGCAAGCGACCAUACUGUCUGGUCAUGCCGCAGAGCAGCGAGGAGGUGUCCACGGCACUGACGGCACUUGUCAACGUCAACGAUGGCGCGGGCGACUGGCAUAUCGCGGUGCGCAGCGGGGGCCACAGCUCAACCGGCUCCAGCAGCAUCGCCAACGGUGUGAUCAUUGACCUGAGCAACAUGAACACGUCAACCUACGAUGCCGAAGCCAACGUUGCGAAGAUCCAGCCCGGCGCGCGGUGGAAUAAGGCCUACGCAGAGCUGGACAAGGAAGGUGUGACUGUCGCGGGUGGCCGGGACGGCGGUGUCGGCGUGGGCGGGUUUCUCCUCGGCGGCGGCAUCUCGUACUACUCGGGGCGGAUGGGUUUCGGCUGUGACACGGUGGUCAAUUUUGAGGUGGUCCUCGCCGAUGGCGCUAUCGUCAACGCCAACGAAACGGCCAACGCGGACUUGUGGCGUGCCCUCAAAGGCGGCGGCAGCAACUUCGGUAUCGUGACGAGAUACGACAUGGAGGCGAUCCCCGCACAGGACUUGUACUACGACUCGCGCUUGCUGAGCUCCGUCUAUUCGGAUGCCGUGGUCGACGCGGCCGUUGGGUUCGCCGACCAAGAUCAGUCGCUCGCCGACAACCACCUCAUUACCUUCUUCUCCCACGACACUUCGACCAGUCCGGAUAUUCACGCCGCCACGAUUUACGUCAACACUCAAGGCAAUGGAAGUGUCGAAACAGCGUUCGACAAAGUCCAAGACCUCCCCGCCUUGUAUAACACUACAGUUGUCCAGAGCAUGGCGGAGGCUGCUAAUGGAUCACAGGUCGCCGCUGGCUCUAGAGCGGCCGGGGCGACCUUACUCUUCCGCAGCGACCCGCAGAUUCUCCGCCGCGCUGCUGAAAUCCACGCCGAAUUCGUCGAGUCGCUCAAGGGAUUCAUGACCGCGGACGAGUUCGUGACGAUGUGGUUUUUUCAGCCCAUACCGUCUUACAUGAGCGCCAUCAGCCAACAGAGAGGGGGGGAUAUGCUUGGAUUAGACGAGGUCCGUCAGAACGCCAUUAUGUGGACGGGUGGUGCCUGGGUGAACACGGACGACGCGGCGUUCGCGAGGGCGCAGGCUGAGUUGGGCAAAGCGACGGCCAGGGUCAAAGAGGCUUCGAGGUCCAUGAACGGGGAUAUCGACUUCAUCUACCUCAACUAUGCGGAUGCCAGCCAGGACUCCCUGGGAAGCUAUGGACCCGCGAAUGUCGAGCACAUGCGAGAGGUGGCGGCUAGGUAUGAUCCGACAGAAGUUUUCCAGCUGCGAGUCCCUGGGGGCUUCAAGAUCUCGAGCGUGGCUUGA